AUGUGGCAGCUGAACUAUCCAGGCGAAACCAAGCAGUGUAAAAUGUGGCAGCUGAACUAUACAGGCGAAACCAAGCAGUGUAAAAUGUGGCAGCUGAACUAUCCAGGCAAAACCAAGCAGUGUAAAAUGUCGCAGCUGAACUAUCCAGCCGAAACCAAGCGGUGUAAAAUGUGGCAACUGAACUAUACAGGCGAAACCACGCAGUGUAAAAUGUGGCAGCUGAACUAUCAAGACGAAACCAAGCAGUGUAAAAUGUGGCAGCUGAACUGUGCAGGCGAAACCAAGCAGUGCAAGCUCGGGCAGACAUUUAACUCGUACUACAUCCAGGCAAGCUCGGACGGGAUUUAUAACUUGUACUACAACAAGGCAAGCUCGGGCAGACCUCAAAACUCGUACUGCAUCCAGACUAGCUCGGGCGGGAUUUAUAUCUUGUACUACAUCCAGGCAAGCUCGGGCGGGAUUUAUAUCUUGUACUACAACCAGGCAAGCUCGGACAGACCUCAAAACUCGUACUUCAACCAGGCAAGCAACCGCAGACCUUAUUACUCGUACUCGAACCAGGCAAGCACGGACAGACCUUAUAAUUCGUACUACAUUCCGGCAAGCACGGACAGACCUUAUAACUCGUACUGCAUCCAGGUAUCCUUACUACAACCAGUCAAGAUAAAAACUAACAAACCUUACUACAGCCAGGCAAGCAGGGGUGGACCUCAUAACUCGUACUACAGCCAGGCAAGCAGGUGUGGACCUCAUAACUCGUACUACAGCCAGGCAAGCACGAGUGGACCUCAUAACUCGUACUACAGCCAGGCAAGCAGGGGUGGACCUCAUAACUCGUACUACAGCCAGGCAAGCAGGGGUGGACCUCAUAACUCGUACUACAGCCAGGCAAGCAGGGGUGGACCUAAUAACUCGUACUACAGCCAGGCAAGCAGGGGUGGACCUCAUAACUUGUACUACAGCCAGGCAAGCAGGGGUGGACCUCAUAACUCGUACUACAGCCAGGCAAGCAGCGGUGGACCACAUAACUCGUACUACAGCCAGGCAAGCAGGGGUGGACCACAUAACUCGUACUACAGCCAGGCAAGCAGGGGUGGACCUCAUAACUCGUACUACAGCCAGGCAAGCAGGGGUGGACCUCAUAACUCGUACUACAGCCAGACAAGCAGCGGUGGACCUCAUAACUCGUACUACAGCCAGGCAAGCAGGGGUGGACCUAAUAACUCGUACUACAGCCAGGUAAGCAGCUGUGGACCACAUAACUCGUACUACAGCCAGGCAAGCAGGGGUGGACCACAUAACUCGUACUACAGCCAGGCAAGCAGGGGUGGACCUAAUAACUCGUACUACAGCCAGGCAAGCAGGGGUGGACCUCAUAACUCGUACUACAGCCAGACAAGCAGCGGUGGACCUCAUAACUCGUACUACAGCCAGGCAAGCAGGGGUGGACCUAAUAACUCGUACUACAGCCAGGGAAGCAGGGGUGGACCUCAUAACUCGUACUACAGCCAGGCAAGCAGGGGUGGACCUCAUAACUCGUACUACAGCCAGGCAAGCAGGGGUGGACCUAUUAACUCGUACUACAGCCAGGCAAGCAGGGGUGGACCUCAUAACUCGUACUACAGCCAGGCAAGCAGGGGUGGACCUCAUAACUCGUACUACAGCCAGGCAAGCAGGGGUGGAUCUCAUAACUCGUACUACAACCAGGCAAGCAGGGGUGGACCUCAUACCUCGUACUACAACCAGGCAAGCACGAGUGGACCUUAUAACUCGUACUGCAACCAGGCAAGCACAGCUAGACCUAAUAACUCCCAGACAAGCAGCGGUGGACCUCAUAACUCGUACUACAGCCAGGCAAGCAGGGGUGGACCUCAUAACUCGUACUACAGCCAGGCAAGCAGGGGUGGACCUCAUAACUCGUACUACAGCCAGGCAAGCAGGGGUGGACCUCAUAACUCGUACUACAGCCAGGCAAGCAGGGGUGAAGCUCAUAACUCGUACUACAGCCAGGCAAGCAGGGGUGGACCUCAUAACUCGUACUACAGCCAGGCAAGCAGGGGUGGACCUCAUAACUCGUACUACAGCCAGGCAAGCAGGGGUGGACCUCAUAACUCGUACUACAGCCAGGCAAGCAGGGGUGGACCUCAUAACUCGUACUACAGCCAGGCAAGCAGGGGUGGACCACAUAACUCGUACUACAGCCAGGCAAGCAGGGGUGGACCUCAUAACUCGUACUACAACCAGGCAAGCAGGGGUGGACCUCAUAACUCGUACUACAGCCAGGCAAGCAGGGGUGGACCUAAUAACUCGUACUACAGCCAGGCAAGCAGGGGUGGACCUCAUAACUCGUACUACAGCCAGGCAAGCAGGGGUGGACCUCAUAACUCGUACUACAGCCAGGCAAGCACGAGUGGACCUCAUAACUCGUACUACAGCCAGGCAAGCAGGGGUGGACCUCAUAACUCGUACUACAGCCAGGCAAGCAGGGGUGGACCUCAUAACUCGUACUACAGCCAGGCAAGCACGAGUGGACCUCAUAACUCGUACUACAGCCAGGCAAGCACGAGUGGACCUCAUAACUCGUACUACAGCCAGGCAAGCAGCGGUGGACCUAAUAACUCGUACUACAACCAGGCAAGCAGGUGUGGACCUCAUAACUCGUACUACAGCCAGACAAGCAGCGGUGGACCUCAUAACUCGUACUACAGCCAGACAAGCAGCGGUGGACCUCAUAACUCGUACUACAGCCAGGCAAGCAGCGGUGGACCUCAUAACUCGUACUACAGCCAGGCAAGCAGGGGUGGACCUCAUAACUCGUACUACAACCAGGCAAGCAGGGGUGGACCUCAUAACUCGUACUACAACCAGGCAAGCAGGGGUGGACCACAUAACUCGUACUACAGCCAGGCAAACAGGGGUGGACCUCAUAACUCGUACUACAGCCAGGCAAGCAGCGGUGGACCUCAUAACUCGUACUACAGCCAGGCAAGCAGGGGUGGACCUCUUAACUCGUACUACAGCCAGGCAAGCAGGUGUGGACCUCAUAACUCGUACUACAACCAGGCAAGCAGGGGUGGACCUCAUAACUCGUACUACAGCCAGGCAAGCAGGGGUGGACCUCAUAACUCGUACUACAGCCAGGCAAGCAGGGGUGGACCUAAUAACUCGUACUACAACCAGGCAAGCACGAGUGGACCUCAUAACUCGUGCUACAACCAGGCAAGCACGGGAAGACCUUAUCGUCUAAACAACAACUAG